AUGGCAUUACCCAGGAACUACUCUGCUACUCCAGUCUCGGAAUUCCUCCUCAUCUGCUUCCCUAACUACCAGAGUUGGCAGCACUGGCUGUCCCUGCCUCUCAGCCUCCUUUUCCUCCUGGCCAUGGGCGCCAACACCACCCUCCUGAUCACCAUUCGUCUGGAUGCCUCCCUGCACGAGCCCAUGUACUACUUGCUUAGCUUACUCUCCAUGCUGGACAUUGUACUCUGUCUCACUGUCAUCCCUAAGGUCCUGGCCAUCUUCUGGUUUGACCGCAGGUCCAUAAGCUUCUCUGCCUGCUUCCUCCAGAUGUUCAUCAUGAAUAGUUUUCUCCCCAUGGAAUCCUGCACAUUUAUGGUCAUGGCCUAUGACCGCUAUGUUGCCAUCUGCCACCCAUUGAGGUACCCAUCCAUCAUCACUACCCAAUUUGUGGCCAAGGCUAGUGUUUUUAUUGUGGCACGAAAUGCUCUCCUCACUGCACCUAUUCCUAUCCUCACUGCCCGACUCCAUUAUUGUGGGAAAAACAUCAUUGAGAACUGCAUCUGUGCCAACCUGUCUGUAUCCAGGCUCUCCUGUGACAACUUCACCCUUAACAGAAUCUACCAGUUUGUAGCUGGCUGGACCUUGCUGGGCUCUGACUUUAUCCUCAUAUUUCUCUCCUACACCUUCAUUCUGAGAGCUGUCCUAAGAUUCAAGGCUGAGGGGGCUGCCGUCAAGGCUCUGAGCACAUGUGGCUCUCACUUCAUCCUGAUCCUGUUCUUCAGCACCAUCCUGCUGGUCGUGGUACUGACAAAUGUGGCCAGAAAGAGGGUUCCCAUGGACAUCCUCAUCCUGCUGAAUGUCCUUCAUCAUCUCAUCCCUCCUGCCUUAAACCCUAUUGUAUACGGCGUUCGAACCAAAGAGAUAAAGCAAGGCAUUCAGAAAUUGCUGCACAGAGGGAUAUGA